GGAGCUCAGCUAAUUGACUUUCACAUUCAGCACAGAAAAAGGAAUUAUUCUUCCAUUUGCUAAAGGUAGCCUGUUCACUCUCUGCAAGAAAAUCCACUUAUAGAGAAAAAAACAAAGGAAAAGAUGUCUCUGUCAGUACUGCCAGUGUUGGGCCCCAUCUCAGUGUCUGAGAGUCUUGUGGCCAUCAUAACAAUAUGCAUCAUGUAUCUCCUCAUGCGCCUCAUGCGCACUAAGAUUCCAGAAGGGCUCCAGAAGCUUCCUGGUCCAAAACCUCUUCCCAUAAUCGGAAACGUCCUGGAAGUUGGGAACAAUCCACACCUCAGCCUGACUGCCAUGAGCAAGUGCUAUGGCCCUGUCUUCCAAAUCCAGAUUGGUAUGCGCCCGGUGGUGGUGCUCAGUGGAAACGAGACCCUCCGCCAGGCCCUCCUCAAACAGGGAGAGGAAUUCGCUGGGCGACCUGACCUAUACAGCACCAAAUUCAUCAGUGAUGGGAAAAGCUUAGCCUUCAGCACGGAUCAGGUCGGAGUGUGGCGUGCCCGCCGCAAACUGGCAAUGAGUGCCCUGCGAUCAUUUGCAACCGUGCAAGGAGAAAGCGCUGAAUAUUCUUGUGCUCUUGAGGAGCACGUCAGCAAAGAGGGACUCUAUCUGAUAGAAAGAUUGCACACUGUCAUGAAGGCCGAUGGAAGCUUCGAUCCAUUCCGUCACAUCGUGGUAUCCGUGGCCAACGUGAUCUGCGGAAUAUGUUUCGGCCGUCGUUACAGCCACGAUGAUGAAGAGCUGGUUGGUUUGGUCACCAUGAGCGACGAGUUUGGAAAGAUUGUGGGUAGUGGCAACCCUUCAGAUUUCAUCCCAUUCCUGCGGUUCCUGCCCAGCAGAUCCUUGAAUAAGUUCAAAGAACUAAAUGCUCGAUUCAAUAACUUCAUACAGAAGAUUGUGAAGAACCACUAUGACACCUUCAACAAGGAUAACAUCCGUGACAUCACCGAUUCGCUCAUCGAUCACUGCGAAGACAGAAAGCUGGAUGAGAACUCAAAUGUCCAAGUGUCCGAUGAAAAGAUUGUUGGAAUUGUCAACGACCUCUUUGGAGCUGGUUUUGACACUAUCAGUACAGCACUCUCCUGGGCUGUUGUCUAUCUAGUGGCUUACCCUGAGAUUCAGGAAAGACUACACAGAGAACUUAAGGAAAAGAUUGGAAUGGACCGUGCGCCUCGUCUGUCAGACAGAUCUGAACUGCCGCUGCUUGAGGCCUUUAUUCUGGAGAUCUUUCGGCAUUCAUCUUUCCUUCCAUUCACAAUCCCUCACUGUACCACCAAAGAAACAUCACUCAAUGGAUACUUCAUUCCCAAAGACACCUGUGUGUUUGUAAACCAGUGGCAAGUCAAUCACGACCCAGAACUUUGGAAAGAUCCAUCAUCCUUUAACCCUGAUCGGUUCCUCAGCGCAGACGGUACAGAACUCAACAAGAUGGAAGGAGAGAAGGUGCUGGUUUUUGGCUUGGGGAAGCGCCGCUGCAUCGGUGAGAACAUUGGACGUGUCGAGGUCUUUUUGUUUCUGGCUAUCCUGCUGCAGAGGUUAAAGUUCAGCGGUACAGGAGGAAUGUUGGACAUGACGCCCGAGUAUGGGCUCACCAUGAAACACAAGAGCUGUCAGCUGCGGGUCACACCACAACACGGGUUCGAGCUUAAUAGCGUUGCAUCAUGAUCUAAAUUAAAGUUCAUUAAGUCAAGUCAUUUUUAUUUAGUGCUUUUCACAACACACAUUGUUUCAAAGCAGCUUUACAGAAAAUCAUGCAUUAAAGUCUUCAUCAUUGAGUAGUUUGAUUAAAUCUGAUUGUAAAUUGUGUAUAAAGAUAAAUUAUUAAUUUUAUAUAGAACCCCAGUGAGCAAGCCGAAGGCGACUGUGACAAGGAACACAAAACUCCAUAAAAUGUUGGUUAAUAGAGAAAAAUAACCAUGGGAGAAACCAAGCUCACUGUGGGGGCCAGUUCCCCUCUGGCUAGACAGCAUGAAUAUACUGUAAUGCCAAUAUUAGUUAUUUGUGUGCAGUGCAAGUCAUAGUUUAAAAUGUGUCAACUAAGUAAGUGUUAAGGCCUGUGAGUAAACAAAUAUGUCUUUGAAGUCCAUCCUGGAUUAACUGCAGAAGUUCACAUAGAUGCAUUGUCCUUUGUUAGUUGGGUGAUGAAGGAUUUUGUUGGAAAUUAAUUAAUAGUCUAUGUAUUCCAUUUCAAGAGUGUAGUCCAUCAUUAGGCCGAGGUGAUGCAGGCAGAGAUCAGUGACGUGCAUAUCAGUUCAACCAGCAGGUCAUUUCAUUAGGGUUCAAGAUUAUGUCCGCAAACGUCUCACUUGUGAUUUAAGUCCAGUAAAAAGCUCAACAUCAGCUCGCAAUGCCAAAUAUUUGAAAGAUGUUUCAACUUUGAUGCAGGUAAAUGUAUCUGGUGCAUUUGACUGCAGUUAUUUUAACCGUGCUGGACUGCACAGCUCAUAACCCAGAGUCAGCACCCAGAUUCAUCAUCUCUUAUCAUGUACAUACAUCUUCGAUUCAAAUGCAGAUUCACGUUCACAGCUAAAACGUGGAUUCAAACUCUUUCAUCCUUUUGCAAAUUUUCAAUAUUUGUACUUCCAAAUAUAGUGCAGAGUAGCACAGAUAACACAGAGUGCCUGUCACAACUUUGCACGAUAAGCUAUCAAACGAUGCCUUUGAUUGUCAUAAGCUUUAUAGAGAUUCCUCAAACCACUGCGCAUCUACUAGAUGACACAAACUGAAGCUAUUUUCUAAUAUUAAAUUACGAUCCCAAAAUGUGAUCCACAUGUAAGUAUACAGCCAUUAUUACCAUGUGCCUGAUCUUCUGUUUGUUCAUGUUGUUGAAAUGUUAUAUCUACUGUUUUGUAUUUAUCAUAAAUUCGAAAUUAUUAAUGAUCAAUCUAGAUUUUCUUCCCUGAAAUAAUGUUUUUGUUGUUAAAUUGUUUAAUCUAUGACCUGAUACUUUCUGUGGCAGGUCAUUUGUAUUGUAUUUUUUUAAAUGUGUUUUGUAUAAUGAAGGAUUUUAACAUCUGAAGUACUAAAGAUGUCAUUUACAGUAGUAAAUAUUUACUGCAAUUGUGCUCUCGGAUCAACUCUGUGAGCAGAGCUGAGCAUUGCUUUUGCAGAGCCUAUUUAUGAUUGCUGAAUGAUCAAUAAAUCUCAAUA